UUGUUCGCCGAGGUGUUACACAAACGGAUGCCGUGAUUCGCAAUUAAGCUGUCAUGACACUCACUUUAGAAAAAACGGAGCUGAUCUUCAAAUAGCCGGCGUCUGUGAAUGUUUUGCUCAUUUACAGCGACGGUUCAUUAUUAAUCGAGCGCGAAGACGAGAGAGGCUCUGAAGAGGUUUUGAAGAGCUUAUGUAACGGUUCAUAUCCUAAUAUCACCUCAAGGCCUUUAAUUACGCGCAAGCACUUUUCACACCUCAGACUGUCCUCCCCCUAAACACACACACACCAGUAUAAAGGCCGAGCCCCGCGAGCUGAGAGCAGGCGUUUGAGACAACCUCCACCCGUGGGCACCUCGUCAGCUCGGGCACAGCCUCCUCCGACCUCACCAUCGUUCAGCUCCGCAGCCAGCCUCGACAAACUCCAGCCAGAAUGCCUCCCUACGAGAAGUCCAUGGAGAUCACGCCUUUCAAGCAAAGGAAGUGCCUCGCAACAAGAAAAGAUGAAGUCUGCACUAUUCGGUCUAAGUUCCCCAACAAAUUACCAGUAAUUGUGGAGCGAUACCUUCGGGAGAAAAGGCUUCCCCUACUGGACAAAACCAAAUUUCUUGUCCCACAUGAGCUGGCAUUAGGGCAGUUCCUCAGUCUGCUCAGAAGUAAGAUAGCGCUAGAGGCAUCUCAAGCUCUGUACCUACUGAUCUCAGGAAAGAACAUGUCCUGUUUGUCAGCCAGCAUGGGAGAAGUUUACUCACAGUUCAGAGAUCCCGAUGGCUUCCUCUACAUAACCUAUGCAUCCCAGGACAUGUUCGGAUGAAAAAACUCUGAGAAAUGAGCAUGACACACAGAUCACCUCACAUACCUCCAGAUGCCUCUCUGAGAUCAUAAAUCUCUGUAUUGCUGCUAAAUGAAGACUCACUGUACAUCAAACCUAAAACCACAGACCACCAACUACACUUGGCCGAGAGGACUCUUCUGACCUCAUUUCUUAGUAGUUGAGAUUUCUUUGAGGCUAAUGUUGAAGCAUAAUCAGUAGUUUUGAAAGAGGUCACAACUGAGCUGUCUAAUAUGAAGAACAGAAAACUGAUGCCGCUGGCACUACUUCUCAAGCCGCUCGGUCAUGAGGCUCCAACACAAAAACGGACGUCCUGUCCCUCAAAGGACCUGGAAUGUCCUGUCACAACGAGACCAGCUUUGUUCGAUGCUGGUUUCCUUUCCUUGUUCUUUCUGUGACUGUGCAUUUGUGUUUCUAAAACAAACACAGAGGAAACGGACAAACAAAAAACUAUUUAAGCACCUACUGGAAUGAAAAUGAGUGCAAACAACACAGUCAUUAUGUACUCAGCUUCAAAUGCGGUUGGAAAA